AUGAGGUCAAACCUGUUAAGGACGGCCCAAUGCGGGCUCAGAUACUUAUCACGACGACCAUUAUUAUCUCAUGGUCCCAAAGUCGCACAUCAAUGUUAUAGAGGCUUCGCAGCAACACCCGCAACCAGAGAAGAAAAGCAAUGGUCAACACCUCUAGCCAAGCACUUGUCCGAGGCUAUAAAUACAACUGGCCCUAUUCCUCUGGCUACCUAUAUGCGCAUGUGCCUUACAGGGGACAUUGAUGGAUACUACACAGGAGCCAUGGAAGCCGGCCACGAUCAGUUUGGUCGGAAGGGUGAUUUCGUAACAUCCCCGGAGAUAUCACAGAUAUUCGGCGAACUCAUUGGCGUAUGGUUCGUAGCCGAAUGGAUGUCUCAAGGUCGCCCGAAGCAGGGCGUAGAGCUCAUCGAGAUUGGUCCGGGCAGGGGAACGCUGAUGGAUGAUAUACUAAGAACUAUACGAAAUUUCAAAGGCAUGACUUCCAGCAUAGAAACCAUAUAUAUGGUUGAAGCUAGUAGCGAAUUACGCACGGUGCAAAAGAAUCUCCUCUGCGGCGAGGAUGCCGAGAUGACGGAGUAUAUAAGAGGUUGGCACAGUAUAUACAAGUGUACAUCCAAGUAUAAUGGCCUACGUAUCGUGUGGGCAGAUUCUCUUAAGGCCAUCCCGCCGGAAUCCAACAAGACUCCUUUCAUAGUGGCCCACGAAUUCUUCGACGCAUUGCCGAUUCAUGCUUUUCAGUUGGUUGACUUGCCACCAACCCAGCAACCCACUACGCCAGAAAGCAGCAACAACAAGACCUCAAGUCCAGACUCCGCCGCUACUCCUAAACGCGAAUGGCGGGAGAUGCUUGUCUCCCCCACGCCAGAGGGAACAACGCACGCAGACCUCGGAACCCCCCAGGCCGAACGGCACGACCCCGUUCCCGAAUUCCAGCUUACCCUCAGCUCCUCCGUAACCCGCCACGCGCAAUACCUCCCCGAGUCAUCCCCGCGCUACCGGGCCCUCAAAUCCAUUCCAAACGCUCUCUUCGAAGUAUGCCCCGACUCCUCCAUAUACGCCUCUGACUUCGCCACCCGCAUCGGCGGCUCCAGCACCACUCCCAAAUCGCGGCCCUCCGGCGCCGCCUUAAUCAUCGACUACGGGCCCGCCGACACCAUCCCCGCGAACUCGCUACGCGGGAUCCGGCAGCACCGGCGCGUGAGCCCGUUCGCCGCCCCGGGCCAGGUAGAUCUCAGCGCGGACGUAGACUUUGGCGCGAUAGUCGAGGCCGCAACGAUUGCUAGCCCGGGCGUCGAGUGUCACGGCCCUGUGGACCAGGCGUAUUUCCUCGAGGCUAUGGGCGUGCAGCAGCGCGCUGAGAUGUUCUGGCGGAAGCUGGAGGCAGGGCUCUACGCCGAUAACAAAAAGAAGGAGAUCGAGAGCUCGUGGAGGCGGUUGGUUGACCGUGGGCCAAACGGUAUGGGGAAGAUUUAUAAGGUCUUGACUAUCCUGCCGGAGAACGAGGGCAGGCGGAGGCCUGUUGGGUUCGGAGGGGAUGUGAAUCCUUAA